UCAGCGAAGGGACACUAAUAGUUGGGGCUUAGAGAUGCCCAUACUGUGAUAAGACCGCACCAACAGCAUGUAGAACUAAGGAUGUGGAUGGAUGGAGAAUGUGGUAUGGUGAGGUGACUCGGCAUAGGAUGUGACAGUUGCUCACUCUUAAUUCCUUGGAAUUGCUACUGCAGCUGCACCCAUAACUAGACACAUUUGCAUACUUCGGCUGAAUCUGGCUCGAGGCAAGUUUUUCAUUUUCUAGUGUAACUUCACGUCACUGUGCACGCAAUAAGUCGCGUUUGGAUGCUUUUACCUCCCUGUGUGCUGAACCGUCCCUUUGCAGUUUAAGCUAUUGAACAGACGCCCCGUCGGUGCCCACUUUGGUGCUAAUGCGCAUGUGCGCUGCUGACUGGCAGUAAUCCGCUGGGCAGCUAUCGCAUCUGUGUGUGCGCUGCCCCUUAUCACCUAGCGUGUGCAAACCACAGACAAGAGAGGAGAAAAGCAUGGAUAUAAUGCAAUGGAAAUAACAUCCGGAACUAGGACCAGCGUCGAGAUCGCGGAUACAUUCAUGCACAAACGCGCACAGAGGACUGUGUUGGAGUGAAGCACUGUGGGUAGCGGUGUGUGUGUGGACGCCUUUCAACGGGAGCAUUCGGGCUGCAGCAUCUUAGAAAGAAAGGGAUAUAAUGGAAAGAAAAGACCACUUCGGAUUUGGCGGAAAUCAAGCGGUUCUGGAGUUCCAACAAUGCUGACGGGCCAGUCAAUAUCUGGAUCUUUGAGUGCAUUCGUGGGUUCUUGUUGUGGUAUGGGGUGGCUGUACCCUCCAGAAAUUAUUCAGUUCGACUGAACGGUGAACUCGUGUCAGCAAUCCGAAAGGCUGCCCGACCGGGGAACGGGAUUUGAUUUAAAUUCCUCGGUUUUGCAAACCCCCUCCAUCUACCCCGGCCUUCCAUGGGUGAAGCGUUUUUUUUAAACUCGGAAAUCACUGACAUUACAGCAUACCGUCAGAGGCCUUCUGCUCAGUGUCUCUUCUGAUACUACAGCGAGAUUUUUUGUGUGCCAGUCAGUCAGUUGGGACGAAGCUUAUCAGUGCCUCCUGCACAAGCCACUGUUAGUUGCCGUCACCCAAAAUUAUCUGCUGACCUGGCGUCAUAUUCUUCAUACCGACUUGGACAAAAUGCACAACAACAACCAAAGAUCUCUAAAUAAGUGUAUGUGGGCGCCGGUUAGUGGCCAUAACACAGUAUCGUCUUGUCAGUUUUGCACUACAGAUGUUAACCGGCGCGAUAUUUCGCGGAUACAUUAAAGAGAAAAAAAAUAAACUAUAAUAACAGGCGAAUUAAAGCGGAACCUUCGGUUGCCUCCGCUCACGCUCCUCUAUUCCUCUUCCUGAAAGUAGGGAAGUGCGGAGACAAAGAAGGGGUUAUCUCCAGGUCUGAGGAAGGUAACUGAUGUAAAAAUCAUUUCUGUAGCUGAGUCGAACGCUCAACUUAGUCUUCGCACCCUCCCUAGACUUCAUCUCGAUUUGACAAGCUGGACCGGACACCUAUUUGUUUUGGCUUUGAACUAUCCUUCUCUCGCCGUGACGAUAGCGUCUUCCAACGAGUUUCCCUUCUUAUUUGAACCUCUCUCUACGUAUGGUAUAUUGAUGGGUGCUUAUCAUUGCUCAUAGCGUGCUGUUUUAAAUUAAUAACUGACGUUGUCUGACUGUAUAUGGACGCUUUUUAACCGCGAGGACGCGCGCAAGUGGUGGAACUAAGAUUCCGUAAAAGGCUGAAACCGUAUCUGCCAAGGAGUGGGCUUUGGGCGGUGCGCGCGUGAUGGUCGGUAAUCCCCUCAGCAGCUGGAGAAAGACGAGCCGUGUUGUACCGACGGUACCGGAGAGUUUUCCUCGGAGCAAACGCCGCAUUUUCAAGCACGAGUCCCUCCAGUGUACAACUUUAGUUUUUAACCCUGCUUUGUACCUCUUGUCAAAGAGAACAUUGUUAAGCCAGAGAAACACUCACUGGAAAUGUUUUGAACUUAGGACAGUCUGUCCAUAUCCUCGGGUUUAGCAAGUUCUCUGCUGAUGCUUUAGUACCACUCCAGGGUCAUGGCCCUUGUCAAUUUAGCUCACUGAAAAUGAUUGCAGCUGCUGGUCAUUGGUCCAGGGUCAUUUGUUACCACCAACGCCAAACAGUACUUACAUUGGAAAGCCAUAGCUCUAAUGACAUGACCGUCCUCUGCAUUCUGUCAACACGCUUUUCUGUGCUGAGUAAGCCGUGACCCUUCAGACGUUACACUGUGACAAGAUACAGACUCGGAGCCCUCUGAAUGUUUUUUGAGCUCCUGUCAUGUUGAUGUGACGCUUCAUGACCUCCGCUGUCACUCACGCUGUUGAGUGACUCAGAUCCGCCCAGCAGGUCAUGGAGUGGGGAUUUGGCAUGAUCGAGAACACGUGACUCUUUUAUUUUUCCUGCCUGUUCCCACACUGUUGUGCAACUGUGAGCUAAAGACUGAGUGAGUGAAAAAGAGAGAGGGAGAGAGAGACUGAGUGUGUACUCAGAGCCGUAAGUCCCACAUACUACCCCAGGGGAGGACCGGGGAUAGAAGUCUGCUAAUAUUUGCCCCCGUGUGAAGACCGGCAGGGAGGGAGGGGAGGAGGCGCGCCGCGCCGUUAAACACGUUCUACAGAGUGACUUUCGGUUGUCGGGGUGAUGGGGAGCUCAGCCUCUUCCCUGACGGCGGAGACCGAGUCUGAGCAUGGCUUCCGCUCAGCGCCGUACCCUGCCGGCUCCUCCACCGUGGGCUGGCUCCGGAACAGCCACAGCAGCCCCGUGUGGGGCACCACCUUCAUCACAAGACAGCAGCAGAACCCACCCAUACCCCACAGAGAACGCAGUCACUCCCACUCUCCGGGCUCCAUGGCGGCGGUGGUGCGUGCGAAUGGCGAGUGGUCUUGCGGACGCUGCACCUUCCUGAACGCCAGCGGGGCGCCGCGCUGCUCCAUCUGCGAGGCGCCGCGCCAGAAGCCCGACCUCAACCACAUCCUGCGUCUCUCGGCCGAGGAGCCGCGCUGGGCCUGCACCCGAUGCACGCUCACCAACCCGCACGCCGCCGGCUCCUGCUCCGUCUGCGGGGCUACGCCAGGCAACGGGCCACAGCUGGCGCUGCCACAGGUGCCCGCACCACCACCACCACCGCAGCAGCUUCCGGCCAAGAUCACCACCACCGCCACCGCCGCCAUGCCCCAGGAGUUGCCCUCGUCCUCCCCCAGCCCCGGCGAGUCUCCGCUGGAAGAGCCGCUGCCCUCCAUAUCGGUGCGGCGGUCCUCCACGGCGGUGCUGAUGGAGGUGAGCUCCAACGGCGAGCUGGCCGGAGCAGGGGACGCGGUGCUGGGCAGUGGGGGCUGGGCGUGUCCGCGCUGCACGCUGCACAACACGCCGGUCGCCAUGUCCUGCUCGGCGUGCGGCGGCCCCCGCAAACUCUCCCUACCCAAGAUCCCCCCCGAGGCGCUGGUCGUGCCCGAGGUACGGACGCCCGUCCUGGGCUUCCCAGUAGGACACGCGGGGGCGGUCGCGACGGUCAACGCCGUGGGACAAACCCCGCCCCUCAUCGACCUCACCGUCGAGGACCCGCUGCCAUUGGCCACUCCGGAGCCUGUCGUCACGCCCCUGUCGUCCUCGGCGUCCUCUGUCCCCUCGUCGUUACAAAACAACCCCGUCCCCCGCAGCCGGCGCGAGGUGCCUCCGCCCAGCCGGCAGGCCAACGCCGACUCCAAACACUCGCACACCCCCACGGGCGGAGAGCCCCUGCUGGGGAAGCGGCUCAGCGUGCUGGAAGAAGAGGACUCGCACCCCCCGCACCACCAACACCAUCACCACCACCACCACCACCACUCACACACGCACAGCCAGACGCCCAUCAUCACCUCGCCCCCCUCCUGGAAGUGUCCCGGCUGCUCGGGGCUGGGGAGCGGACGCUGCGAGACCUGUCGCUCCUCCUCCUCCUCCACCAUGCGCUCCACCUCCUCCUCCGCCACCACCUCCUCCACCUCCUCCUCCUCCUCCUCCUCUUCCUCGUCCUCGUCCUCCACGUCGUCGGGCGACGUGAUCGACCUGGUCGGCGAGUCGGUGCGCUUCACGCCGGCCUCGCCCUCCAGCCCGGACUUCAGCUCGUGGGCGUGCUCCAAGUGCACGCUGCGCAACCCCACCUCGGCGCCGCACUGCUCGGCCUGCGGCUCCUCCAAGCUGCACGGCUUCUCCGACCCCUCCGCCGCCGCCGCCACCUCCCCCUCGUCGACGUCGUCAUCCUCCGGCGCUCAGUCGGCCGCGGCGCGUCUCCAGUCGUCCCGCUGCUGCCUCCAGUGUGGCGGCCUCCCGGGCUCAUCGUGUGGCUGCAGCAGUACCAAGCCGUCCUCCACUGCCACCUCCUCCUCCUCGAACUCUGGUUCUGCAGCGCCGCGUAAGACGGCCCGCGUCUACCCUACCUCUUCCUCCUCCUCUUCCUCGUCCUCGUCCUCCCCUGCGGCGGGCCCCUCGUUAGGAGGGCUGGCGGGCAUCGCCGCGGGCCAGUGGUCGUGCCCGGCCUGCACGCUGCUGAACGAGGGCCGGGCCAAGCACUGCGGGGCGUGCCACACUCCGCAGCAGUACGUGGCGCUGAGGAAGCUGGGCAAGCCGCUGAAGAGGCGCGAGAGCGUCCACGUGGAGGCGCGCCGCCGGACGGACGAGGGGGAGGCCAAGGAGCUGUGGGAGAACAUCGUCACCUUCUGCAGAGAGAAUGCGGUCAACUUCGUGGACGACAGCUUCCCUCCGGGCCCGCGCUCUGUGGGCUUCCCCGAGAGCGACAGCGUGCAGCAGCGAAUCAAGAAGUGGCUCCGCCCCCACGAGAUCAACUGCAACAACUUCAAGGAGCGUGGCGUCAAGUGGAGCGUGUUCCGAACGCCCCGCCCUUCCGACAUACUGCAGGGGCUCUUGGGAAACUGCUGGUUCCUGAGUGCCUUGGCGGUGUUGGCGGAGCGUCCGGAGCUGGUGGAGCGGGUGAUGAUCACGCGGGGCAUCUGCACGGAGGGGGCCUACCAGGUGCGGCUCUGCAAGGACGGCACCUGGACCACCGUGCUGGUGGACGACAUGCUGCCCUGCGACGAGUACGGCUACCUGCUCUUCUCACAGGCCCAGCGUCGUCAGCUGUGGGUGGCUCUGAUUGAGAAGGCGCUGGCCAAGCUUCACGGCUCCUACUUUGCCUUGCAGGCGGGCCGCGCCAUCGAGGGCCUGGCCACGCUCACCGGCGCCCCCUGCGAGUCGCUCAUGCUGCAGGUCAGCUCCACCAACCCCCGCGAGGAGCCCAUCGACACAGACCUCAUCUGGGCCAAGAUGCUCAGCUCCAAGGAGGCCGGGUUCCUGAUGGGCGCCUCCUGUGGGGGCGGGAACAUGAAGGUGGACGACGUCGUUUACGAGUCGCUGGGACUCCGGCCACGCCACGCCUACUCCAUCCUGGACGUCCGAGACGUGCAGGGCUACAGGCUGCUGCGUCUCCGGAACCCCUGGGGUCGCUUCUCGUGGAACGGCAGCUGGUCGGACGAGUGGACGGACUGGCCGCAACACCUGCGUCACGAGCUGAUGGCCCACGGCAGCAGCGAGGGCGUCUUCUGGAUGGAGUACGGGGACUUCAUCAAGUACUUUGACUCGGUGGACAUCUGUAAGAUCCACUCUGACUGGCACGAGGUGCGUCUGCAGGGCUGCUUCCCCAGCCGGGCCAGUGGGCCCAUCACCGUCACCUCCCUCACCGUGCUGGAGAGGACCGCCCUGGAGUUCGCCCUCUUCCAGGAGGGCAGCAGGCGUUCGGACACGGCGGACAGCCACCUGUUGGACCUGUGCAUCAUGGUGUUCCGGGCCUCGUUCGGCAGCGGCAACAAGCUGACCCUGGGCCGUCUGCUGGCCCACAGCAAGCGCGCCGUCAAGAAGUUUGUGGGCUGCGACGUGAUGCUGGAGCCCGGCGAGUACGCCGUGGUCUGCUGUGCCUUCAACCACUGGCAGAUGAACCUCGCCAGCCCGCCCACGCCAGUGUCCAGUCCCACCAGCGUGCGGCGGCCCAGUCAGGACUUCCCGGGCUUCAUCCUGGCCAUCUACAGCUCGCGCCAGGUCAUGGUGGAGCAGGUGGAGGCCAGCGGCACCACGCUCGCCGACGCCAUCAUACUGCUCACCGAGAACAAGGGAGAGAGGCACGAGGGUCGCGAGGGCAUGACGUGCUACUACCUGACGCAUGGCUGGGCGGGGCUGAUGGUGGUGGUGGAGAACCGGCACCCCAAGUACUACCUCCACGUCUCCUGCGACUGCACCGACAGCUUUAACGUGGUGUCCACACGCGGAUCCCUCAAGACCAUCGACAGCGUCCCGCCAUUGCACAGGCAGGUGCUGGUGGUCCUGUCCCAGCUGGAGGGCAACGCCGGCUUCUCCAUCACCCACCGGCUGGCGCACCGCAAGGCAGCUCAGGCCUCCCUGGGGGACUGGACGCCCAGCAAGGCCACGCACUCGCCACAGCUCACCUCCGACACCGACGGACUGCACCGGCCACGGCCGCUUUGACACACACUCACACCUUACACACACGCACACAGAGACACGGACUGUGUACACGUGCACACAGGGAUACAGGAUACACUCAACACACCGCAUACACAUUACACAAACACACACAAAGACUCGUACUGUAUACAGGUACACACAUACACACACGGAUACAGCAUAUACUAUAUACUCACACACAUGGAUACAGGAUACACUGCACACACACGCACACACACACACACACACACACACACACACACACACACACACACACACACACACACACACACACACACACACACACAGGCAUAGUGACAGUGAUGGCAUCUCCUCUCGUGCACAGACAGAGCUGAAGACACACAUGGCAAGACGUAUGCAGAGUACUGGACUGAGGAGGGACUGACUGACUUGACUCCUAAACUGUUCAGCGUAAAACAACAUCCUGCCAAAUGCACACCUGUGCCAUGAAAUGCAUUACCACUGAUUACAAUACACACACACACACACACACACACUACACACAGGCACUAUGCACACUACACACACACACACACACACACACACACACACACACACACACACACACAGCAAGAGGUGAGGGGUUAAGGUCUGGUUUAGCGUGCUACCACUACUGAGCCAAUUACAGCUGAUUCUUUAAGCCAAGGCCACACCCCUCCUCUGCUCUCUGUAUCUCUCUCACACACAUACACACACGCACACACAAUUAAUGACACACACUCACGCACACUUACAGACACGCACAUACACAUACCUACAAGCGCACACGCACACACACAUUUUUACAUGCACACCAACCCCCCACAAGGCAUAUGAAAUUGGCCUUGGUUUUUACGGUACACCACGUUGAGCCAAAUUUGCUUUCAGAAUCCCAUAAACCAUCUGCAUAUUUUGUGACUUGUUGUACCAUAUUAUCACGCAGCCUUGUCUUAGUCCUUUAUCCAUGUGUUUACUCGCGAGUGUUUGGUGUGUUUGUGUGAAUGAGGCUACUUGUACAUGAUUCUACGAUUUACACUGGGAGCUGGUGGAGGGGAUGCGAAAACCAUUGGGAGACAAAGAAAAAAGAAACUUGAAUCUUUUUGGGGUUUUUUUUAUUUUAUUUUAUUUGUUUGUUCCCGGAACUGUGGGGUAAUGGGGUUUUUUUACAUAUGAUUUAUAAUUAUUUGUUCCUCUAUGAUUUUUAAAAAGAAUCAUAUACUUGAUUUUGCUGUUGGAUGUGUUGUUCAAAGGCAGAAAAUCUGUCAGUGUGUGUGUAUAUGUGUGUCUGUCUGUGUGUCUGUGUGUGUCUGAAGAAGGAAAUGGACUAGAUGUGGAGAGAUCAAGCUGGAUGGUUCCCCGUUUGUUUGACGGGCCGUCUGUUAAUUUAUUAAUGUGAAGAAAAUAAUAGUGUACGUACAGUACGUGUUGUUGGGGGGAAAAGCACAAACGAACCUGCUGUCUUGCAUCUGUAGAAGACGUCUGUGUUUGUGUGCAGACACACAUGGCACAAGGAGUGUGAUUCUGUUGUGUGUGUGUGUGUGCGUGUGUGUGUGUGUGUGUGUGUGUGUGUGUGUGUGUGUGUGUGUGUGUGUGUGUGUGUGUGUGUGUGUGUGUGUGUGUGUGUGUGUGUGUGUGUGUGUGUGUGUGUGUGUGUGUGUGUGUGUGUGUGUGUGUAAGUGUUUGAGGAGUGCUAGACAGUGGAUGGAUGAAUCUGACGACGCUGAUGCACUGAAAUCUCCUGACGCAAGAUCCAGCACUGCUGCACCACCGCUCGUGCACUUGGUUAAUCUGGCGUCAGUCCUCUCACUCUCUCUCUUUCUCUCUCUGUCUCUGUCUCUGUCUCUAUCUCUCUCUCUGUCUCUCUCUCUCUCCCUGUCUGUCUGUCUGUCUAGCUGUCUAGCCCUCCAUCUCCCCUCCUAUGUCUCUCUUGUCAGCUCAUGUGUCUUGUUCUGUGACUAGUUUGUUUUUUUUCCUCUUCCUCUGCAUUGUCCUGUGGAUCAUCUCAUGCUUGUGGGAGCGUCAUCACGACUCAAAAGACAAGAUUGCCCCCUGGUGGAUUAACAUUAGAAAUUACACUUCACACUGUGCACACCUUACAAUUACAUACACUAACAUGCACACACACACACACACACACACACACACACACACACGACAGGGCCAUAUCCUGAUUUGUACAUUGUAUAAAUUGAAUAAUAAUACCACAUUGAAAUGUGUGUGUGGUCUAACCUGUACAAAAGAGACCCAACAGACCCAAUAGACCCCCAAUGAAAUCAAAGCGAUCGCUGGAGGAAUACGCAGCGCUCCACUGGAUGUGAAUGUGAGGAUGUAUAGAAUAUUUUACUGAUUUUGGAGACAAGAAUACUAUAUGAAUAUGUAUAAAUAUCUCUGUAUGUUAAAAAUUUGCAAUCUCAGGUUCCAUUGGACCAAAUAAAGUUUUUUUUAUGAAAUGUC